UAUUGGGAGGCGGCAGGCGCCGGACUGAUAUAGCACUUAGAAAAAAAGAAAUAUUUUUUUUAUAUAUAAAGAGCAGAUUAUUAAAUUACAUUACAUUACAGCUUUAGAAUUUAAUUUUAGCUUAUAUUUUUAGAAAGAGAGGGUGGUUGAAUUUUGCGGUGUGGGGAAUGCUGGAAACGCGGUAAUUGUUUUGCAUGGCUUAGACGGAUUUCCAGCCUCUGCUCUGCUCUUUCUGGCAUUGAUCCGAGGCUGGUGGUUGGAUUUGAGAGGUAUCCCGUUUGUUUUCAAGCUCUUCUUUCCCUUCUGGGCGUUGAAGUCCAAGUUUUUGAUUGAUUUAGGAGGGAAAGAAAGCAAAAAUUUUCGAAGGAUAUUGAACAUUAUUUUAGCUAUUAUUUAUAAUUCCAAUUCUGGACAAAAAAAUUUAAAAUGAGCUCAAUCUCUGGAGUGAUUUCGAGGCAAGUCUUGCCUGCAUGCGGUAGCCUAUGUUUCUUUUGCCCUGCAAUGCGUGCAAGGUCCAGACAGCCUGUGAAAAGGUAUAAGAAGCUGAUUGCUGAAAUAUUUCCUCGUAAUCAGAUCAACUUAAGACAAAGACGCAAAGAGGAAGGACCUAAUGAUCGCAAGGUAGGGAAACUAUGUGACUAUGCUUCAAAAAAUGCUUUACGCAUUCCGAAGAUCAGUAAUUCCCUUGAGCAAAGGUGUUACAAGGAAUUGAGAAACGAGAAUUUUCAAUCUGUGAAAAUUGUGAUGUGUAUUUACAGGAAAUUACUGGUCUCUUGUAAGGAGCAAAUGACUCUAUUUGCUAGUAGCUUACUGAGCAUUAUACAGACUCUGCUGGAUCAAACACGGCAGGAUGAAAUGCGAAUUAUAGGAUGUCAGACUCUUUUUGACUUUGUAAAUAAUCAGAAGGAUGGUACUUUCAUGUUUAACUUAGAAGGCUUUAUUCCAAAACUCUGUCAGUUAGCUCAAGAAAUUGGAGAAGGUGAAAGGGAAAGAAAACUAUGUUCAGCCGGGCUGCAAGCACUUUCUUCAAUGAUUUGGUUUAUGGGUGAACACUCUCACAUUUCAGUGGAAUUUGAUAAUAUUGUUUCAGUAGUCUUGGAAAGUUAUGGAGGCCCAAGGAAAAAUUUAGAGAACCCUAAUGGUGCCCAAAGUCGGUGGGUGCAAGAAGUGCUAAAAAAUGAGGGUCAUGUCUCUCCAUCGCCAGAUGUCCUCAUAAGGGUUCCUUCUUGGGGGGCAAUUGUGAACGACAAAGGAGAACUAAAUGUCACAGCGGAAGAUGCCCAGAAUCCCUGCUUCUGGUCCAGGGUUUGCUUACAUAGCAUGGCAAAGCUAGCAAAGGAAGCUGCAACAACACGGCGUGUUCUUGAGUCUUUGUUCCGUUACUUCGAUAGCGAAAACUUAUGGUCCCUUCAAAAUGGUCUUGCCUUUUCGGUCUUAAAGGAUAUGCAGCUUUUAGUAGACAGUUCUGGGCAGAAUACUCAUUUUUUGCUGUCUGUAUUAGUUAAGCAUCUUGACCACAAAAAUAUCCUCAAACAACCUGACAUGCAGCUUCAAAUUAUAGAGGUUACAACCUCUCUUGCUGAACUUUCAAAAGCUGAGCCUUCUGUAGCAAUACUUGGUGCAGUUAGUGAUGUUAUGAGGCAUUUACGGAAGAGCAUACAUUGCUCUCUUGAUGAUGCAACUAUGGGAGCUGACAUUAUAAAUUGGAACAGGAACUUUAAAGAAGCAGUCGAUAAUUGCCUUGUACAGUUAGUGCAUAAGGUUGGAGAUGCAGGCCCGAUUCUUGAUGCUAUGGCUGUGAUGUUGGAGAACAUCUCAAAUAUUACAGUUAUAGCUAGAACUACGAUCUGUGUUGUCUAUCGUACUGCUCAAAUUGUAGCAUCAAUUCCAAAUCCAUCCUAUCUAAACAAGGCAUUUCCUGAGGCUUUAUUCCAUCAAUUACUCCCAGCUAUGGUCCACCCUGACCAUGAAACACGAAUUGGAGCUCACCGUAUCUUUUCUGUUGUUCUUGUGCCGUCUUCAGUUUGCCCUCAACCAUCCUCUGUUUCUCCUGUAACAAUCAAAGGCUCUGGUAUUCCAAGAACACUUUCGAGAACUGUCUCUGUCUUUUCUUCUUCAGCUGCCCUUUUUGAGAAGCUAAGGAAGGAGAAAUCCUUCGCUAGGGAGAAUGCUUGUCCAGAGAACAAACGAAACAUUGCUAGUGAGGUGGAACUAAAAAACAGUAAUAAUGGGAUUCUGAAUAGAUUGAAAUCAUCUUAUAGUCGAGCAUACAGUUCAAGAAGUCCACCUAUACCUUUGCCAACAGAUGGAAAUCCUCUAAGCAAUUCAAAUAAGCAACCUGAGGCCAAUUCCCUACGGCUCAGUAGCACCCAGAUUAGUCUCUUGCUUUCAUCAAUUUGGGCACAGUCUAUCUCUCCUGAAAAUACACCACAAAACUAUGAAGCGAUUGCUCACACAUACAGCCUUGUGUUGCUCUUCUCUCGAGCUAAGAAUUCUGGUAAUGAGGCUCUUGUUCGUAGUUUCCAGCUAGCUUUUUCAUUGCGAAGCAUCUCUCUCAAUGAAGGAGGGCCACUUCCACCAUCACGUCGUAGAUCUCUUUUCACCUUGGCAACUUCGAUGAUCCUCUUCUCAUCCAAAGCAUUCAGUAUUGUUCCUAUUGUCUAUUGUGCCAAGGUUGCUCUUACAGAAAGAAUGGUUGAUCCAUUUAUGCGCUUGGUGGAAGAUCGCAAGUUGGAGGCAGUUAACGCUGGUUCUGACCAGCCAACAAAUGUUUAUGGGUCUAAAGAAGAUGAUAAUUUGGCUUUAAAGACUCUCUCGCAAAUACAGAUCACCCCAGAGCAACGUAGGGAAACCCUUGCUUCUGAGAUCCUGAAAAGCUUGGGAAAUUUGUCAGAACCUGAAUUGUCCACUACACGGGCCCAGCUGCUAAAUGAAUUCUUGCCGGAUGAUGUGUGUCCACUGGGGGUCCAGUUGCCUAUGGAUGCACCACAUAAAGUAUAUCAAGUUGAAGUGGGAGAUAAUAAAUCUAUUAAGGAGCAGGGAGCUCCAAUUUUCUCAACAGAUAAUUAUGCUUUUCCAGAACCAUUUGAAGGUCAAACCAAGGAUAAUUCAGAGUUGCCUGUGGAAAUUCCAAAUCUUUUGGAUGUCAAUCAACUUCUAGAAUCAGUGUUGGAAACAGCACAUCAAUUUGGAAGAAGUUCCAUCUCCACCGGACCUGACAUGUCUUACAGGGAAAUGGCCCAUCAUUGCGAGGCACUCCUAACAGGGAAGCAGAAGAAGAUGUCUGAUUUGAUGAGUGCCCAACUGAGACAAGAAAGCUUGAUUAGCUUAUCUUUUCAACAUCCUGAUAAUGAGACAAAGCAGGCUGGUCCUGUCCUUGAGCAAAGUGGUAGUCCCAAUCCAUACAAACAAUCAGUUUGCACUCUUCCAAUGCUUUGUGCAACUGAGUACCAGAAUCAUCCCCAGUCCUUCAGGUUACCAGCCUCAAGUCCAUAUGAUAACUUUCUAAAAGCUGCUGGUUGUUGAUCCUGUAAAAGUAUGGAGUCAGAUUUUCAAAAACAUCCAGCGAUUGAUCCAGCAGGACAAAAAUAUUCAACUCCUAUUAAGCUAAGGCUGAAAAUGUACAAUGCUUUUGAACAGUUGAUUUUAAAGCUCAAAGGUUUCUCAGCUGCAACAGAUUACUAUCUUUGCUUCUUAGUGUGUGGAGUAAGGCCUGCAUUGUGAUUUAGGUUGAUUGAGUCUAACUAUUCUACAUUCAAUUCAUUCAUUCUUUUCACUUUUCUUCCAUUCUAUUUGAAGUUUCCAGAAGAUGCCAAGAGUUCCCAUCUCUUCAUAUUAUAAGUAAUUUACUUGUUUCUUAUUCUUCCAUCAUUUUUAUGGACGUGUGUAAAAUAUAGGUCUGGAUCUCAUUCAUUUUGGGAUAUGAGAACCCAUCUAAUGGUAGCAAUGUUACUUUGGAUUCUUCUUCAUAUGCCAAGGAAAAAUUUCACUC